CCUGAGUUACUGAAGAGCUGCUGCGGCUCCUCACACUUCUGUUGUAGCAUACAUCCUACUUUGUAAUCACAAAAUCCUCCAAAAAGAAAGCGUAGGGGACAGAAAAGGGAACUUUCUUGAUAAUAAGAAUUAUUUCCAGAAGUAUCUCCACCUUGUCGACAUCUUUGCCCCGAGAUUGUAAAAAAACGGAAUUUCUCUGCCUUGUAUCGUCCUGUGCACCGCUAUGCCAGGAGCUAUGGAUCACAUGGAGCUGAGAAAAGUCUGCACAGAGGCUGAUGACGAGAGCAACGACAGCCUGGACGACCGCUACAUAGAGGCAGAGAAGGCCACCAUAAGCAGCCAGUUCACUGACGACAUUGAUGAUGGAGAAAGCCAGAAGUUCUUGACAAAUGGGAUGAUGAGGAAGAAGAAAUAUGAAGAUUAUCAUGACGAAUAUCAUCCAGGUCACACCUCCUUCGGGAUGUCUGUCUUCAACUUGAGUAACGCCAUCAUGGGCAGCGGCAUCCUGGGCCUGUCUUACGCCAUGUCCAACACUGGCAUCGUUCUCUUUUCAAUCCUCCUCAUCGCCGUUGCCAUUCUCUCCCUGUAUUCUGUACACCUUCUCCUUGUGGCGUCAAAAGAAGGAGGAUCCCUCAUCUAUGAAAAGCUGGGGGAGAGAGCAUUCGGCUGGCCGGGGAAAAUGGCUGCUUUUGUGUCCAUCACCAUGCAAAACAUCGGAGCAAUAUCCAGCUACCUCUUUAUCGUGAAGUAUGAGCUUCCUGAGGUGAUCCGGGCCUUUUUGGGUUUACAAGAAAUCUCCGGUGAAUGGUACAUGAACGGAAACUACCUGGUGGUGUUUGUGUCAAUUGGAAUCAUUCUGCCCCUGUCUCUCCUGAAGAAUCUUGGUUACCUGGGCUAUACCAGUGGCUUCUCCCUCACCUGCAUGGUCUUCUUCCUGGCUGUGAUUAUCUACAAAAAGACGCAGGUGCCCUGUCCUCUUCCUUUCCUGAGCCACCACUCGUCCAACCUCAGCAUGAACUCCUCGGACAUGUCGGGGAUGUACGCGCUAAACCAUUCCAUGGAGUUCUCCCGUGCUGAUGUUUCCCCGUCGGUGCCGGGCAGCCCCGACGCUCACCACUCCACCGGCGUCCACUUCGAGCCUCACCCCGAUGACGACGAGAAGUGCACGCCCAAAUAUUUCAUCUUCAACUCACAGACAGCGUACACUGUGCCAAUCCUGGCCUUCGCCUUCGUCUGCCACCCUGAAGUCCUGCCCAUCUACAGUGAGCUGAAAGAUCGCAGCAGGAAAAAGAUGCAGAACGUUUCCAACCUGUCCAUCUUGGCCAUGCUCGUCAUGUACAUGCUGUCGGCGCUGUUUGGCUACCUCACAUUUUACGGUAACGUAGAAGCAGAGUUGCUCCACACCUUCACCAAGGUCUAUAAGUUCGACACGCUGCUGCUGCUGGUGCGUUUGGCCGUCCUCACCGCCGUCACCCUGACCGUGCCCAUCGUGCUUUUCCCCAUCCGCUCCUCCAUCACGACCUUGUUAUUCAGCGGUCGGGAGUUCAGCUGGACUCGCCACCUGCUCAUCGCCGUCGUGAUUCUGGCCUGCAACAACUUGCUGGUGAUCUUUGUCCCGACAAUCAGAGACAUCUUCGGCUUUAUUGGUUCUUCUGCGGCCACCAUGCUCAUCUUCAUCCUACCUGCUGCCUUUUACCUCCGCCUGGUAAAAUCAAUCCCGUUCCGCUCCCCACAGAAGAUCGGGGCGGCCGUCUUCCUGGUCGUGGGAAUCGUAUUCAUGAUCGGCAGCUUGUCGCUCAUCGUCCUCGACUGGAUUCACAACCCGCCAGGCUCCAGCGGUGGCCAUUAAGGUCCUCUCCUUUCUCCCCCACUCCCCCACUUAAAAGCGGCGCCCUGAGCCCCACCCUCCGUCCCCACUGCGUUCUUCCACUUCCACGUUUCCCUUUUUGCCUCAUCUGUUUUCAAACGUCAAUCAUGAAACCUCAGUAUAAAGACAUGAUGUGCUGCACUAUGAUGUGCCCCCACAGAGAGAAUAUCACUGGAGGGAACGUCUAUAUAUAUAUAUAUAUAUAUAUAUAUUUUUUUAGUUUUAGUUUUUUUGUUUUUUUGCUGAAAAGUUCUGGAUGUGACACAUUGAAGUCAAGAGAAUCAAAUCCCAGCGAGGGGGAAAAACAGACUGGUUUAAUGUACUUUACUGUAACCAGUUUGAAAUCAUCAUCAUCAUCCUCGUUAUUCUAGUUAUUUUUAUUAAACAUGAAUUGUGUGACAGUCACGCCGGCGUCUGUGAACGCCAGGCGCCGCGAGCCCCUCACAGAGUGUUCUGUGCGGAGUGUUGUCCACCAUGAAACAAGGAGCACUUAGCACUAGCGUUACACUUCACUCUGGUUAUGUGUGUAGAGCUAUCACGCGCGCACAAAUGUAUCAUCAUCAUCAUCAUCAUCAUCAUCAUCAUCAUCAUCCCGAAACAACAUUUUCUCUGCUGUUAUGUCACGUGUUCACAGUCAUAAGCUUUGCCAAAGUCUCCGUGCACGCUUGCGUGAAUCGGCCUGAUUCUCCACACUCUCGAGGAUCUGUUAGUCACACAAAUGAUCCACGCUGACUGUCAACAGAGGGAUCUGAACAUGCAACAGUAUGAUUGUACAUUACUGAGUUUUAUCUACUGAAGAAAAGAAAGAAAAAGAAAAAAAAAAAAGGUGUUGCACAUACGUGAUAUCUGACCUCAUAUAGCGCCGUGCCUUUCAAUCCUCCUUUUGAACCCACAUGGAAUAAUAUAUAUAGAUAUAUAUAUGUAUAUUAAAAGGCACUUAAUAGUGUUCUACCACGUAGUAUGCUGUAACAGUGUGAAAACUAACUAAAUAAGAACAAAAAAAAUGAUGAAUUCAAUUCAAUCAGCAGGGCUCACUGAAAGAUUACUUUGUAAUCCAAACGAUGUGAAUUCAAGAAGUGAAAAUCAAUACUUUCCACACGUGCCAUACAAUGACUCUUUCUGACAUAUGCCUAACACUAAGGUGCAUUGAGAAAACUGGGCCUUACUUUUAUGUUUCUAAAAUAAAAUGUGCCUA